GUCUCUCACUACACUGGUAAGUGAUCACUACCCUGUCCCAUUUUAAUUUUCACUUUAGUGCUGGUCAGCACCCUCUUUUAACCUCUUUUUAUAUUCCAAAUGUCUAUGUCCGUGUCACUCUGUCACCCACACUCACCCUCCUCUGUUUAAACAUUUAUCUUUACCCUAUCAUUAUAAACCUUAACCUUAUUCAUUCAUCCCUUCCCACCUCCGACACCAGCAGCUUUCAAACCUUAACCUGUUCCUUUCAUUAGAUGGCGACAAACAGUGUCCAAGCAAAAUGGAACCGAGCAGAAGAAGAGGAUGAUGAAGAGGAAGAAGCAUUGUCUCUUUGCGAUCUCCCCGUCACUUUGAUCAACCACAAGGAGCAACAAGAAAACCAACAACGCUCUCAGAUCAACGAAGCAACGCAAGAAGAAUUCGAUUUUCGUUCAUGGGGUGGUCUCUUUUCCAAAGAAUCCGAAAUGUGUGUCGCAGAUGAAGUUUUCUUCAAAGGCCAAAUCCUCCCAUUGCGUCUUUCAUUCAGCUCCGAAGCUGGCUUAUUAACCACACCUUCUCAACAUCGUGGUAAGCAAUUCAUCAAUGAAUCAAGGUCUGAAUCCUUAGACCACGGUUCUGUGAGUGAUUUUCAAAGUAAUAAUAGCAGUAGAAGCAGUAGUGUUAGAAGCCAGAACUCAUCAAGUAGCACCAGCUCCACCACCACCAUAACAACAGUUACACCCCCACGAAUUCGAAACCAAUUUCACACACACCCAAGUCCCAAACCUCAAUUAAGAGUAUCUACCCCAAGACAAUUAGCGAGUCAAGGUAGAAAAUCGUCAUCAGCAUGGGAAAUUUUCCGUUUGGGUGUGGUCCCUGCACCUGAGAUAGGGUUGCAAGACCUCAAGGUUCGUAACAGUGCAAACAAAAACUGUGUCAGUCGCAAUAGUAGCAGUAACAGUAGCAGUAACAGUGUUUCCAAUGCGAAAAGUGUGAAAACGAAUAACAAGGGUCAUCAUGGGAACAAGAGCAAUCAUGUUUUGAAACAGUUAGUUGGCAAAGGUGGUGGUUUAUUGAGUGGUUGUGAUUGUUCCUUUGAAACGGUGCAAUCGAACACGGUCAUGAUCAAAAGUGCCAACAAGACAGAAAGUACAACGCACGCCUUGAAAGAUAAAGUUGUGGAGUUGAAGAAGCAGAAGCAUAAGCAAAAGCAGGGAAAGAAGGUUAUGUCACGUCGUCGAACGUUUGAAUGGUUAAAGGAGCUUCAUGCAAAUGCAAGUAAUAUUGAUGAGGAGGCUUUGUUAUCAAACCCAUGAAAAUGAAUAAUCAUGAGUGGUGU